GGCCCAGGUUUCCAGCCGGGCCCUUUUCCCAGCUGGGCCCCAGCAUGGCUGCCCCCAGGGCUGCGGGUCGGGAAGCCUCCGCGUUCUCGUUUCCCUGACAGUCCCGGCUUCUGUGCUCUCCUUCCCCUCCCCAGGCCACUCGAGCAGACAUGUUUGCCAAGGCCUUUCGGGUCAAGUCCAACACGGCCAUCAAGGGGUCGGACAGGAGAAAGCUUCGGGCUGAUGUGACCACUGCUUUCCCCACUCUUGGAAGAGAUCAGGUCCCUGCCUUAGUACCUGGAAAGGAAGAGCUCAACGUUGUGAAGUUGUAUGCUCACAGAGGGGAUGCAGUGACUGUGUACGUGUGUGGUGGUAACCCCAUCCUAUUUGAACUGGAGAAAAACCUGUAUCCAACAGAUUUGAUGCUUCCAGGCCUGGUGGUGCCCCCUGCUGGUCUGCCGCAGGUACAGAAGGGGGACCUCUGUGCCAUUGCCUUGGUGGGGAACAGAGCCCCUGUUGCCAUCGGAGUUGCUGCCGUGUCCACAGCUGAGAUGCUGACUUCGAGCCUCAAGGGGAGGGGCUUCUCCAUGCUGCACACCUACCGGGACCACUUGUGGCGAUCUGGAGACAAGUCUUCUCCACCUUCCUUGGCUCCACUGGCCCUGGAUCCCCCAGAUCUCAAUGAAGAGAAGGGGUCUGUCCAGGCAGACCCCGCCCUGCAGGGAGACGUGAGGUGCCUGACCCUGGAGGGAGAGGACAAGGCGAAUGGCGAGGUUCAACAGCAGAUGUGUGGGGAGAAGUCCCUGUCAGAAGCCUCAGAAGACCCCAGCGUCAGGGCCCUGAACCCAGACCCCACAGACAGCAGGAGCCUGAAAGAGCAAAUGGAUGAACUGUUACAGCGAUGCUUCUUGCACGCUUUAAAGUGCCAAGUCAAAAAAGCUGACCUCCCUUUACUCACCAGCACGCUCCUUGGCAGCCACAUGUUCUCCUGCUGCCCUGAAGGACGACAGCUGGACGUGAAGAAAUCAAGCUACAAAAAGCUCUCUAAGUUCCUGCAGCAAAUGCAGCAGGAGCAGAUUAUACAGGUGGAGGAGCUGAGCAGAGGGGUGGAGAGCAUUGUGGCUGUGGACUGGAAGCACCCAAGGAUCACAUCUUUCGUCAUACCCGAGCCCUCCCCGACCUCCCAGACUAUCCAGGAGGGUAGCAGGGAACAGCCCUAUCACCCUCCAGAUAUAAAACCCCUCUACUGUGUCCCAGCCAGCAUGACCCUGCUCUUCCAGGAGUCUGGCCACAAGAAGGGGAGCGUUCUCGAGGGUGCUGAGGUCCGGACGAUCAUCAUCAACUAUGCCAAGAAGAACGACCUGGUCGAUGCGGACAACAAAAAUCUCGUGAAAUUGGAUCCCAUCCUAUGUGACUGCAUCUUAGAGAAAAAUGAACAGCACACAGUCAUGAAGCUUCCAUGGGACAGUCUCCUGACCAGAUGUUUGGAAAGAUUGCAGCCUGCCUAUCAAGUGACCUUUCCAGGACAAGAGCCCGUUAUGAAGAAAGGCAAAAUCUGCCCAAUUGACAUCACCGUAGCGCAGAGAGCGUCUAAUAAAAAGGUGACUGUGGUCCGGAACUUGGAGGCCUACGGUCUGGACCCGUACGCAGUGGCAGCCGUGCUCCAGCAGCGAUGCCAGGCUAGCACGACUGUCAGCCCGGCCCCUGGGGCCAAGGACGGCCUGCAGGUCCAGAUCCAGGGAAACCAGGUCCGUCAUCUCAGCCGGCUGUUACUUGAAGACUAUCAGCUUCCUCGAAAACACAUCCAAGGCCUAGAAAAGGCCCCCAAACCCGGCAAGAAGAAGUAACAGACUCCUGUCUCAUGUGGUCGAUCCAGUGGAAAUCCAGGCUCUGGGCUGGUCAUUUAUACGAGCAUUUUCAGCUUUUGCAAAUGAAAAAAUAUAAUUCUUUACCAAAAUAAAUUUUUAUUCUAACCUAAA